UUCCCUUGCGCAGCCGGAAGUGCGGUGUCGGCACCAAGAUGGCGGACGGCAGCUCCCCGGUCAAGCCGUCCGGAGGGGCGGCGGUGGCGGCUGAUGGGAUGGGAGGCGGCUGCUGCUCGGAGCUCUCUGCCGAGCUCAUCCGCUCUCUGACCGAGCUGCAGGAGCUGGAGGCAGUGUACGAGCGUCUUUGCAGUGAGGAGAAAGUGGUGGAAGAAGAGUUGGAUGCCCUUUUGGAGCAACAAAGCACAAUCGAGAGCAAGAUGGUCACCCUGCAUCGGAUGGGCCCCAACCUGCAGCUGAUUGAGGGAGAUGCCAAGCAGCUGGCUGGAAUGAUCACCUUCACUUGCAGCCUGGCAGAAAAUGUCUCCAGCAAAGUCCGUCAGCUUGACCUGGCCAAGAAUCGCCUCUACCAAGCCAUCCAGAGAGCUGAUGACAUCUUAGACUUGAAGUUUUGUAUGGAUGGGGUUCAGACGGCUCUAAGGAAUGAAGACUAUGAGCAAGCCGCUGCUCACAUCCACCGCUACCUGUCUUUGGACAAGUCAGUCAUUGAGCUCAGCCGGCAAGGCAAAGAAGGCAGUAUGAUUGAUGCUAACCUAAAGUUGCUUCAGGAUGCUGAGCAGCGUCUCAAGGCCAUUGUGACAGAAAAGUUUGAUAUCGCCACCAAGGAAGGGGAUCUGCCCCAAGUGGAGCGAUUCUUCAAGAUCUUCCCUUUGUUGGGUUUACAUGAGGAAGGGCUAAGCAGAUUUUCAGAAUACCUGUGCAAGCAGGUGGCGAACAAAGCAGAAGAAAACCUGCUUCUCGUACUAGGGACAGACAUGAGUGACAGAAGAGCAGCAGUCAUUUUUGCAGAUACCCUCACCCUUCUGUUUGAAGGAAUUGCCCGAAUCGUUGAGACCCACCAACCUAUUGUGGAGACCUAUUAUGGGCCAGGCCGCCUCUACACCCUGAUCAAACACUUGCAGCUGGAGUGUGACCGGCAGGUGGAGAAGGUGGUGGACAAGUUCAUCAAGCAAAGGGACUAUCACCGCCAGUUCCAGCUUGUCCAGAAUAGCACGAUGAGGAGUUCAGCAGCAGAGAAGAUUGAACCGAGGGAACUAGAUCCUAUUCUAACAGAGGUCACCCUGAUGAAUGCACGCAGUGAGCUGUACCUGCGCUUCCUCAAAAAAAGGAUCAGCUCAGAUUUCGAGGUGGGUGACUCCAUGGCCUCAGAAGAAGUGAAGCAAGAGCAUCAGAAGUGUCUGGACAAGCUCCUAAACAACUGCCUCCUAAGCUGUACCAUGCAGGAGCUGAUUGGCUAUUAUAUUACCAUGGAAGAGUAUUUCAUGCGAGAGACUGUCAACAAGGCGGUAGCUCUGGAUACCUAUGAGAAGGGCCAGCUGACUUCCAGCAUGGUAGAUGAUGUGUUCUACAUUGUCAAAAAGUGUAUUGGGCGGGCCUUGUCCAGCUCUAGCAUCGACUGCCUCUGUGCCAUGAUCAACCUCUCCACCACAGAGCUGGAAUCGGAUUUCAGGGACGUUCUGUGUAACAAGCUGCGGAUGGGUUUCCCUGCCACCACUUUCCAAGACUUCCAGCGAGGGGUGACGAGUGCCGUGAACAUCAUGCACAGCAGCCUUCAGCAGGGCAAGUUCGAUACCAAAGGCAUUGAAAGCAUGGAUGAAGCCAAGCUGUCUUUCCUGGUGACCUUAAACAACGUGGAAGUCUGUAGUGAAAACAUCUCCACUUUGAAGACGACCCUGGAGAGCGACUGUACCAAGCUGUUCAGCCAAGGGAUUGGAGGCGAGCAGGCCCAGGCCAAGUUUGACAGCUGCCUCUCUGAUUUGGCUGCUGUAUCCAGCAAAUUCCGAGAUCUCCUACAGGAAGGCCUGACGGAGCUGAGCAGCACCGCCAUCAAGCCACAAGUGAAGCCCUGGAUCAACAUCUUCCUCUCUGUCUCCCACAACAUUGAGGAGGAAGAAUUCAAUGACUACGAAGCAAAUGACCCGUGGGUGCAACAGUUCAUCCUUAACCUCGAGCAGCAAAUGGCCGAGUUCAAGGCCGGGCUCUCCCCCGUCAUCUAUGACAGCCUGACCAGCCUCAUGACCAGCCUCAUUGCACUUGAACUGGAGAAAGUGGUGCUGAAAUCCACCUUCAACAGGCUGGGUGGCCUGCAGUUUGACAAGGAGUUGAGGUCCCUUGUCGCUUACCUCACCACAGUGACCACCUGGACCAUCCGAGACAAGUUUGCCAGGCUUUCCCAGAUGGCAACCAUCCUCAAUCUGGAAAGGGUGACAGAAAUCCUGGAUUAUUGGGGUGCCAAUUCAGGCCCACUCACAUGGCGCCUGACUCCCGCUGAGGUGCGCCAGGUGUUGGCCCUACGCAUUGAUUUCCGCAGUGAAGAUAUUAAGAGGCUUCGCUUGUAGCUGGCAGGACAAGUCCAUCCAACUCCAUGCGUUUUGGGUGCUCUCUCAGUGGUUGAGGCCCAGAAAGCUGUCAGCCUGAAAAUUCCUAGGAUUUGCUGCAAUCCAGGCAGGCCUGACUCAGGCCAACUCUUUGUCACAGCAGUAAUGUCUGGGGGCUCAGCCUGUUCCCUUUCUAGAAACAGGUAAAUGAGUCACCCUAAAUAUCUCUCUGCCUCCUAAGUUUGAUCAGACCCACACAGGACCCCCUUAUAUACAGUCCCUGCAGAGGAGAGAAAAGCCAAACCUCAGGCUAGAAGUAUGGUAACGACCAGAACAUAGAACACAGGCCAUUUUUCUGCUUUGGGUAAGAACAGCAACCUGCCCUCAGACACUACAGACAACAGUUCUAUUUCCCUUCAGGCUGGGACUUUAGGAGCAGCUGGAGAACAAUAGAGCAAAUGCUCCAUUAUCUUUAGGGAUCACAGUAAUAAAGAUUGAGACUUGAAGCUGC